AUGAUUGGAGCGUCAUGGAUAGCAAGACGCUCAUUAUGGAUCGUUGCAGUCCUAGUGGUAUGUAUACUGUCACACUUACCCGUUGCUGGAGCCACACAGCCGCAAUCAAAGCCUUGCCAAUUUUACGAGAAAUCGUUGACGAAGGAAUAUAUCGCGCAAUUACACGAUUACGACGCACUGGAGACCCAGGAGCAGCUUGUUAGUAGCUGUAUCAGCUCCACCGCGUUCAAUGUUGCUCUGGAGAUCGCUGAAAGAUCCGAAUUCGCGCGACACGCGCCCACAGACUUUGUCCUGUUGCGCAUAUUUUCCUGUGGUGUUUGUCAUGCCUAUGAAUGGUCAAUGCAAAAUUACACCGCUACAGAUCAGAUAAAAGCUAUCCGAACGAACAAAGAGUACAGGAAUGUAGGUCUACUGGGGCUGGACAAGCAGCGGGCAAGCAAACGAACGUUGAAUGAGCCUACGAGAAAAUUGUCCGGAUUGAGGAAAGAAUCAACGCUUCUGGUGGACGAUUUAGGGGUGAGAGAGCUAUGGGAACGAGGAUUUAAAGGACAAGGAGUGAAAGUGGGGGUGUUCGAUACGGGAUUGUCGUCGAAGUUGACGAAUGUGAAGGAGAAAAUUAAUUGGACACAUGAGCCAAAGAACACCGACACGGUGGGCCAUGGCACAUUCGUUGCCAGCGUGAUUAGCGGGACGGAUGCGAGAUGUCCGGGCAUUGCACCCGAAGCAGAGUUAUUCGUAUUUCGAAUGUUUACCGGGGAGCAGCUUUCGUUCACGUCGUGGUAUCUUGAUGCGUUUAAUUAUGCGUUAUUCAAGGGGAUUCAUGUUCUGAAUUUGAGCACAGGAGGACCUGACUUCCAAGAUCUGCCGUUUGUGGAUAAAGUUAAGGAACUAGCGGCGCAUGGUGUUAUCCUGGUAUCUGCAGUCGGGAAUGAUGGGCCUCACUAUGGCUUGCUGUCCAAUCCAGCGGAUCAAAUCGAGGUCAUCGGUGUAGGUGGGGUCACUAAGAACAACGAGAUCGCUGAGUUUUCAUCACGUGGAAUGACGACGUGGGAACUUCCGUUCGGAUCUGGCCGCGUGAAGCCUGAUAUUGUUACGCUAGCUGAAGAUGUUCCUGGGGCGGAUGCCUCUGGUGGGUGUAAAAUGCUGUCUGGAACAAGUGCGUCAGCUCCGAUUGUAUCGGCGUCAAUAGCUGUUCUGGCGUCCAUAAUCCCUGCGGAAGAAAGGCGGAACCUGCUGAACCCAGCGUCGAUAAAGCAGAUUUUACUUGAAAGUGCCGACAAACUCGCAGCUCGCCACGAUUCUGAGUAUGUGGUUCGAAACCACAUUUUCGAGCAAGGGAAUGGCGCUCUGAACAUCUCCAAAGCCAGCGAAAUGGUGGAAAAACUAUGGACGAGCUUUCAAAUCGCACAAAAUGCCACACGAACAGACACCGAGGUCGCUCCGAACGUCCUGAAGCCAAGCUCUUUCUCAGACAGAGUCAACCUGACAGACUGCCCUCGAAUGUGGCCGUACUGUUCGCAGCCACUUUAUCACAGUGCGUUGCCUCUUAUGGUCAAUUUGACGAUCAUGAACCCUGCAUCUGUCGUGGGUAGAAUCCGGAACCCUCCACAGUGGAUAAAUGGCAAUAACGGUGAGCAUUUGACGAUCUCGACGACGUCAUCUUCUGCGAUAUGGCCGUAUUUUGGCUCGAUUGGCGUCUUCAUCGAAGUCAAAGAGAAAGCUGCUGCCUUUGAGGGAAUUGCGCAGGGAACACUGCGACUGGAACUGGACAACGGCAACCACGUGGACGAGCUGCUUAUCCCAGUGACUGUCAAGAUUAUUCCUACUCCACCUGCGUCCAAACGAAUUUUGUGGGACCAGUUCCACAAUAUCCCCUACCCGUCUGCGUUCGUGCCGCGAGACAACCUCGAAAACCAGCGUGAUCUCAUGGACGUAGCAGGCGAUCACCCACACACGAACUAUUACCAAACGUGGAACUUUUUGACUGGCGAAGGUUUCUUCGUGGAGAUCUUACCGUUUGAAUACUCGUGCUUGGAUCUCGGGAAAUACGGCGUUGUCAUGGUUGUCGACCCCGAGGAAGAAUUCUUUCGAGAUGAAAUUGUGGCACUCCAAGCUGCAGUCAAGUAUUCGAAGGUGUCGCUUAUCGUGUUUGCUGACUGGUACGACAACCGCAUGCUGGAUUCUCUGCAGCUUUUUGAUACGAGCACAUUAAGCAAAUGGCACGCUAUCACUGGUGGGUCGAAUGUCCCUGCUAUUAACGAGCUGCUGCGUGAUUUCCACAUCGCAUUUGGAGACGGUGUGGUGCACAGCUCGAGUAUAUCACUCAUGGAUUCAGGCAACGACUCGUCGUUCCCGUACUGGUCUGGAUCGUACCUCACGAACUUCCCUGUAGGAGGAUAUCUGGGCUAUAUCGACGCUGUCGAUCAAAGCGCCAAAACGUUGAAUGGGUCCGAGAAAACACUGGUGGACGUUCCGGUGCUGGGACUUUACGAAGUGCCUUCCGUCUACGGUGGUCGCAUUGCGGUGUUCGGAGACAGCUCGUGUCUCGACUCUAACGUGCACCCUGCAGCGAAAUUCCGCCACUGUUUCGGAAUGUUACGGACAAUAUUACGUUUUACGAACGACGCUGUGCUCCCACUUGCAGUCUCUCCACAGGACGAAUCAGUCAGCGCAGGACUGCAACGUCUCGAGUUGGAAUUCGUCGCCGACAAGUCACAGUUGCACCCUCUUGAGGACUUGCAAGACGAAGACAUUUGGCACCUACGUGCUCGCUACAAUGAGUUUGCGAAACACUCCAAAGUGCUCCAAGCCAGUCAAGGAAAGGCAACGCAUCGUAGUUUCUGCAAGUUCUACGCCAAGGAGAAAUGUGUCGAGGCAACUGCAGCGCCUGUUACCUGA